AUCAGCCAAUCGUGCACGCCGCCCAACAAUAACAAAUCGUCUUCGACAAAAACUUUAUGCAGUCCAUCGUGUAGCUCGGAUAAAGUUCAAGUUUACAAAAAUUUCUUCGCUUGGGACGUGUUACUUCUAAUUCAAUUUAAAUCAGCUUUGUCCAUGAUGAACAUCGUUCAAAAAAGUUUCAUUCCUGGUAGAAUUUCGCUGCUAAGUUUAGCACGGUUGGAUUUGUUCAGUCCCGCCACGGCAUACUCUACAAAACCAGAACCAGCUGUUACACCGAAAGCUCCAGCACAAACACGCAAUGCCAAUCCGGUUGUUGGCGGUGCAGAACGUAAAAGUAUGAUUCCUCCGGAGUAUCGUUUCGUGUAUCAAGAGUUUCUGCCGGAUCCCAAAGUCGAAUGGCGCAACCCAAUUCGGGAGAAACUUGAACGUUUAGAUAUGUUGGACCGUCGCUCGAAUGUUGACAUUCCUGAGUUCUAUGUGGGAUCGGUGGUCGCGGUGACCUCAUCGGAUGUGCACGCAGAAGGAAAAACUUCCCGUUUCGUAGGCAUUUGUAUUGUUCGUGAAAAGUGUGGACUCAGGGCCCGGUUCAUACUGCGAAAUGUGAUUGAUAAUCAAGGAAUUGAAAUCAGCUACGAUCUGUACGAUCCGACUUUGCUGAAGAUUGAGGUGUUACGGUUGGAGAAACGUUUGGACGAUAAUUUGCUUUACCUAAGGGACGCCCUGGAUGAGUACAGUACAUUCGAUUUGAACAUGGAGCCAGAGCUGCUUCCCGAGGGUGCCCCAGUUCCGGUGAACGAUAUGAAGGUGACGCUGAAGCCUCGACCCUGGUAUGCUCGCUGGGAGCGGCACAAUUUGCAGGGUGUUGCCAAUAUAGACGAGUAUACCAACGAGAAGAGACGGGUAAAGGCCGAGCGGCUGGCUACUCCUUGGGAACGUUUUGAUUUGAUGAAGAAAUAUAGGCGAACCAUACCGGAGGAAGAGCAGAAGGAGAUAUUCGCAGAGGUGUACUCCCAGCUGCACCAGCAAGAACUGGCCCGUAAGAAGAUGAAGAGGAAGCGUACCUUUGUCAAACCGACGAAACUAGCGUAAUGAUUGAUUUGAUAAUAUAGUAUAUCCAGUAUAA